AUGGAUCCAGCCGCUCUUAAGCAGGUUAAAAUCCAAACUGGUGUGGUAAAACGCAUUAUGAAGGAACAUGCUUGUUAUACGAAAGAAGUCGAAAAAGAGCUACAGAAAAUCGAGAAAAUGAAGUCCGAAGCACAAAACGAAGAUGACGAGGCUACGGAGGAGCUUCGAAAGCUCAUCAAAGAUUGUUCCUUGGAAGAAUGUCAGGAACUCACAGAAGCUAAAGCGCAAGUUGAAGCUGCAUCUGCUGUUAUCUCUUCUUAA